ACUAUCAAUCCUGGCUUCCGUGUUAUCACGUUUCUGGGGAAAAAUUUUUUACACCGAAAUUCCGUUUUAAAGGUUGCCUUUAAUUGCUCUAAAGAUAUUAUGUUAAUAAUUAAUUAAGCCCGUCAUUGGGGACAAUAUUAUUGAAAUGGAAUGCGUUGAAGGAAAACGUCUGCCGCAAUCGAGUAAUAUUUCCGAUAAAAUGUCCGUCACUGCUACUUUGGAAUUCUAUACUGAAAACGAAACUGUGGGAAGUUGGGUAAAUACAAUUCAUGCAAAAGAAGUGAUGAAAUACAAACAACAAACUGUAUGUCAAAAGGAUAAUUUAAAGAAUGAUAUUGGUGCAGUAAUUUAUUCUGAGGAGAUGCAGUACUAUAAAAGCUUACUUGAGUGCAGUUUUUGCUCAAAAAUGUUUUCAAACAAAUCCAAUCUACGCAAACAUUACAAAAUACAUACUGAAGAUCGAUCAUUUGUGUGUGAUAUCUGUGAUAAAACAUUUGUAGACAAGCUAACUUUGCGUAAUCAUUGUAAGCUACACUCGGGUGAAAGACCUUACAAGUGUGAUAUUUGUGGCAAAACAUUUGUGGAAACUAAAACCUUGCGUAGACACUAUAAAGUACAUACAGGUGAAAGACCCUAUGAAUGUGACGUAUGUGGCAAAACAUUUGCUGCAACAUCGAAUUUGCGUAGCCAUUAUAGAACACACACUGGUGAAAGACCGUACGAAUGUGAUAUUUGUAGUAAAACAUUUGUUGAGAAAAAGACUUUUAGUGAUCACCAUAGAACGCACACAGGCGAAAGACCUUAUGUAUGUGAUGUUUGUGGUAGAUCAUUUACCCAAAAAACCACAUUGUCUGUACAUUAUAGAACACAUACUGAUGAAAAACCAUACAAAUGCAGUAUUUGUGAAAUGUCAUUCAAAGAUGGUAGUAACUUUAGAAGACACACUAAAAGAAAACAUAAUAGUUGAUUUUAACAACUGUAGUUUUUGCCAUUAAAACAAUUUUGAUUCCUACAUCAGAUCCAAUCAAUAAUUGAACAAUUUUAGUAUUGUUCAAAAUUGUAUGAUGUCUAUAGUAAUAUAUGUAACUAUGCUCCUAGUUAGAAAAACAAUGAAAAAAAAAUUAAUUAUUUAU